AUGUUCGAUUGGAACAAAGGUAUUGAUGCUUGCAGCUAUGGAGCUGCAGCCGUGAUUGGAAAAAUUAAAGAAACAGUGUCAAGAUUCAAAACUGUUGCGCCAAAUUGUACUAGCAUUCAUCGCAUUUUACAUCGUGAUGCUCUUGCUGUUAAGAGAAUGCCAUCUGAUUUAAAACAAGUCCUUGAUCGAUCCGUAAAAUGCGUCAAUUUUGUGAAAAUACGUCCACUGCAAUCAAAACUAUUCAAAAAGUUGGGUGAAGACAUAGAAAUCGGCAAAUCAGUUUCAAGUGACUACUUCAACCUAAAAACAAGAAAACACUUCUUCAGUGUUACCGGUUCCCCGCCUGAAAGACAACAGUGA